AUGUUGAGAUCUAUUGUUACGGUUGGAUAUGUGGGUUGGAUUUUAUAUAGCUUAAAAUACACUUUAAAAGAACAUUAUUUACCGAACAAUUCGCCCAUCAAAAAGUCAGAUACAUCAUCAAAUGAAUUGGUUACAAUGGCAAAAUAUAUUAAUUUCCUUGCUAUAACAUCUUUAAUCGUAUUGGUAUCUGUUUUGUAUAUACAAGAAUCACCUGCAACGUAUUACACAUACGUAAUGUUUGCAGUUUAUUUUUGUUGGGAUGAUUUACUGGACUAUAAAAUAUUCACGGAAAGUUAUAAAUUAGCUUUAAUUUCACGGAGUUCGUUUGCACUUAUUGGAUAUGUAAUUGGACAUAUUCUUGCAUUGGAACUUUUUGUAUACAGUUAUUUCGAAAGGAGUAUUCUUAGCGCGUGUUUUGUAUUAGCGGCAUUAUGGCCAUUAAUUAUGCCAUCAAAAGUUCGAUCCGAUAAUAAAUUACUCUUAACUUACUGGUCUGGGUCAUGUUUGGCAUCAAGUAUUUUUACAUUAAUGCCUGUGGAAAAGGGAGAAGAUAUAUCAUUAGUGAUCUAUGGCGGAAUCUUAAUUCUUAUUACAGGAAUUAAUUCUAUGGUUAAGAGUUCCAAAUAUACAAUAGGAGAUGAAAUUGGUUCAAAAGCCAUGACCAUAUUUCAGUUGUCAUUAGUGGCUUUAAGUAUGAUAAUAGUUUAUGACACUACAAAUAAUUUGAAAGAGAAGAUUGGUCUUCCAGUUAUAAAUCAAUAUGCCGCAUGGAUAAUAUUAGUUAUUGCAACAGCCACACCAUUCUUUUAUGGAUUUGGAAAACAACAUCAUUAUUUAAAACAAAUUGAACGUAAAUUAUUUUCAUCUGAACACUCAAAUCAAAAACAUGAAGGGCAUCGUAAAUUAGAAAUGAGGGAUUCAAGAAUUUCGUUAAUAUUUUUAUUUUUUAUUAAAGUUGGAUUUUUUGGAACAGGAAAU